CUCAGACACACAUGCCCAUAUACACACGCACACAUGUAUGUAUAGCAGUGAGUUUAUAUUCCUGCAUAUAUAGAUAAGAGAUACGUAGGACACUUCAACAGUUGGUCCUCGAUAAUUUACCGCUAAACAACAACAAUGAGACUUUCCAUUGUCUUUUUACUUGUGUUGGUCACUGCCUACUGCCAGUUCGAUUUCUGUGAAGGCUUUGAUGUACAGCAAACACUUACCAAAAUAAAAGAAGUUCUAGAGAAAGGACUUGGAGAUAAACUUAAAAAAUUCUUCAAAUUGAUUUUCCCGGAAAGUGGGCAGUUUCAAAUCGAUGGAACACCGCUGGUAAUUACCUUCUUUGCAGACAACUGUGAAGUGAAGAUUGUUGGAAAACGAAAUCCAUUUGAAGUGAGAUGUCCAGCUGAUGUGACUGAAAUCAUUACGCUAACCAGCCGUCACUGUGUAAAGUCAAGUCAGAAAAACGCCGUGGAGUGUGCUACCAAAUUGGUACUCAAAGAAAUUCAGAAGAACAUUGAAACUGGCAACAUCACCGGCGUAUAAGUGUUUCAUAUAUAUAUAUAUA